GUGUUGGUAUUAGAGAAGUUAUAUUAACAAACGGAUGCCCUGGAGGUGAAUCAAAGUGUCUUGUGCGGGUAGAAGAAUGCCGUGGCCCAGUGGAUUGUGGCUGGGGUAAACCAAUUUCUGAAAGUCUUGAUAGUGUUAGACUGGCAUGUGUUCAUGUAUCUCCUGUAAAUCGUUUCAAAUAUAUGUGGAAGCUUUUAAGGCCAGAGCAACAAGCUGUCAUACUUCCAAAUGAUUCGGCAAUCCUAGAAGUAAAAAGGGAAACUCAUCCUUUGGCUUUUGAGUGUGACACCCUGGAUAAUAAUGAACUAAUAGCAACUAUUAAAUUCACAGUCUAUACACCAAAAG